AUGGCUGUUCUCCUCGUCGUCAUCAUGAUUCUCAUGCUCGUCGUGUACAUCGUGGCCACCUUGUGCGGUCUUACCUUCUGCAAGUGCUGCAACGGCGCCUACAAGCCCCGCAGGUUCAGCAAGAAGGAUCUUAAGAUCAACAAGCUGGUAUGCCUCGUUUUCUGUGCCGUCACUGCCGCUGGCGCCUUCACCGUCUUCGCGGAGACUCCUCCUCUCCUCGAAAACACCAAGGACCUCACUGGUGCCAUGGCAGACACCAUCUCGGAGCUUACGAAAAACGUCACGAAAAUCGCGGAUGCCAUGGACGCUGCUGCCAGUGAUCCACUCCUGAAGAUCGGUGACGUCAGCAAAACAACUACUAGCAUGAAGGAUGCGAUGAAAUCUGUGGAUAACACUGUGCAGAAAGCUCAGGAUCAGAUCGAGGAAUACGUCGACAUGUCCGGCUUGUAUGUUACCAUCGCGGCGGGUGUCAUGUUUGGCAUCACUUUCAUCGUUUUCGCCCUCGGUUUCAUCGGAUUCUGGCGUCUCCUGAUCUUCUUCACGAUCAUCCUGUCCAUCAUGAUGGUCGUCGGCUGGAUCGUCUGGGGCUUGCUGAGCCUGCUGACGGUCUUUGUCGAUGACCUUUGCUGGGCCAUGAACGACUACCUCAGGGACAGGUACAACUCUGACCUCAGCCAGCUCAUCCCUUGUAUGGAUCCCAAUGUUGCCGUGAAGACCAUGAACGUCGCGAGGGAACAGGUCGCGACGGGUAUCGCCGCCGUCAACGAUCAGCUCGAAGAGUACGCUGGCUCAAACCCGUACCUGAAGUACCUGUGCUACAACUACGCGAAGAUCCCCUUGAACGAUCUCUGCAAAAACCCGACCAUCUACCACGAACUGAGUUACUCAAGGUUCGUGUGCGAAGCUGAGAACAAGAAGAAACUCACGUCGAAGAAUACUUGGGCUUCAUGGGACGCCACUGUCAAUGACUUGAUCAUGUUCCCGGAUGCCUUCUGCCCGUACCCGACCAACUUUUACAGUGUCCCUCUUGGAAACUUCAGCACUGGUCUCAGGCCGCUCCGAUGCCCCUUCAAAGGUUACAAUGAACCCGCUAUGACUACGGUGAAUGAGUUCGCGAUGGGACAGUGCUACACCAUGAAGCAGCUUCCCUCCGAUGUCUUCGACGCCAAGGCAAAGACCGCCAAGCUCGCGCAAUACGUGCUCGAUGUCGUCCCCAUGAUUGAGUCGCUUCUCCAGUGCGAGCUUGUCUCCACAGCCUUCUCCAGGAUGGUUGGCCCUUGCGACGGCAUGGCUACUGCUCUCACCAGCCUCUACGCUGGAUUCCUCCUCGUCGCCAUGGGCUACUUCCUCCUCUGGGCCUCCACGCUCGUCAUCAUCUCCCGCCUGCAGUACUACAGGUCGUACUGUGUCGACGCGGACAAGUACUAA